CCACGAAAAAUUUUGAAGGUGCAUCUUACAAUUACAUGGGUGCAUCCGUAUGCAAACUGCACCCAAAAAAAACAAUAGGCCUAAGCUUCAUCUUGGCCUAACUUAAAAUGGUAAAAUUGUUGAAAGAGUUCACCACUGAUUUUCUCUGUGUUACCUGGUUGGACCAUUUUUCUCGUUAUGUUCGAUCCAAAAGGUUUUCAUCCAACUCCCCAAAAUCAUCGGAAACUUGUGAUAUUUGCUAAUGUUUCUCUGUCCUCUUUGUCCAGUCCUUUCUCCCUUCUUUCUCUAAGCCCCUCGCCUGUACUUUUCUCUCGCCCUCUCUCCAAUCCCCUACGCGGUUCAUGAACCACACAUGAAAGAUGGAACCUCAAUCUCUUCGGGCACAGAUUCCUGGAGUCCCAACCUCUUUUCACAUGAAUCACAAUCAACUAUUUAUUAUGGACUGGUGUACGUGAGAGUUUCUCUCUCUAACUUUCACACCUGUAUUGCUCUCUCUCUAGUUUUUCUAUCCCAUAAGACCUCUCUCUAAAUGGGCUUAUAUGGGUGCUCGGAUUCUGAGAAAUCUAUGUUUAUUUCUCUCUCUAAUUCUGCUACCCCACAAGACUUUCUCUCUCUAGUUCUCUCAUGUUGGGCGUCUUAGAUGGGUUCUGAGAACACAAGGGGGGCUGCGUUUCGCAGCCCAGCUGAGAGAAUGGUGGCUGAUUUUGUGAUGGGUGGUGCUGCAGCUGCCAUUUCUAAGAGCGUUGCAGCUCCCAUUGAAAGAGUGAAGCUUUUGCUUCAAAACCAGGGAGAAUUGCUCAGAAGGGGUUCUCUCAAGACCCCAUAUACUGGGAUUGGAGAUUGCUUCACUAGAGUGUUGAGAGAGGAGGGCUUUCUCUCUCUGUGGAGAGGGAAUCAAGCCAAUGUCAUUCGCUAUUUUCCCACUCAGGCCUUUAACUUUGCAUUUAGGGGUUACUUCCAAAGACACUUUGGCAACUCAAAAGAGAAAGAUGGGCUGUCGAAGAAAAGGAUAGUGAGCAAUUUUGCUUCAGGUAGUGCAGCUGGGGCUAUGACCUCAUUUUUGUUAUACCAUUUGGAUUAUGCAAGGACUCGUUUGGGCACUGAUUCAAAGGAUCCUCAAGCCAACACCAAACGCCAGUUCAAAGGACUGUUAGAUGUGUAUCGAAAAACCCUUGCAACUGAUGGAAUCGUGGGUUUAUACAGAGGAUUCACGGUUUCGAUCGCUGGAAUUACUCUCUAUAGAGGCUUGUAUUUUGGAAUCUAUGAUACCAUGAAACCCAUUGUACUUGUUGGAAACUUAGAGGGUAAUUUUUUGGUUAGCUUUGCAUUGGGGUGGAGUGUGACCACUAUUUCUGGUGUAUGUGCAUACCCAUUCGAUACUCUGCGUCGUCGAAUGAUGCUAACUUCAGGACAGCCGUUCAAGUAUCGAAAUGCCUUUCAUGCCCUGCAACAUAUUGUUCAGCAAGAGGGUGUGAGUGCACUUUUUAGAGGAGUGACAGCAAACAUGCUUGUUGGAGUUGCAGGGGCUGGAGUUCUUGCUGGCUAUGAUCAACUUCAAUGCCUGGCUUUUAAGCAUGGUUAUGGAUUUGAAAAUAAGAGGACCAUUAAGGAAUAGAACCACCAAAUGGAUGUGUAAACAAACACCCCAAACACCCCCCGCCCCUUUUCUUCUCUCCUUCUCUGUUCUUACACAAGAUGCAGUACGUUCUAUCCUGCAUUUUAUUUACAAACCUCUCUCCUUGGUGCUGCAUUGGUUAGCUUCAUAUUCAAAAAGAUUCCACUCUCUCCUGCAGCUAAAUUCUUUUACCCAAGGUUGAUUGCUCUCUCUCUCUCUCUCUCUCUCUCUGCCUUAUGUGAUAGAACCAGCACAUGUGUGUAAAUCUCCUUCAUCUUCUUGUUCAAUAUGAAUUCUUGUCCUCUCCUCUCUCCUCCACUUUUAUGCAAAGAGAGCUCCCUCUCUCAGCAACACUUCAAGAGAUGGCAUUCCGUCUCCUGUAUCCAAAUUCUUUCAUCCAAGAUUCAUUACCCCGAAAAGGUGCCCACAGCUUCAUCGUCGUGCUUCUCAGCAUGCUUACUGCUUCAAACUUCAAUAUGGAUGGAAAAUUGUAUGUAUGUAGCAUAACAGUCUAAUUGACGAUUUUUAACUUCAUUGCAAUGUCACGAUAAGGAGAAAAUGAAACAGAAAAACAGAUACACAAUAUUAGAUGGUGAAAAGAAAGGGUAAUAUGGAGAAGCCAUUGGGAAUUGUUUGUGGGGACUGAGCUUGCCCAAUGUUGUACAGUGAUUUGUGGAUGUUAUAUGAUGGUUUAUAUCAUUUUUGCCA